CAUUCAUAAUUACUAUGAAUUUGCAAAUUUUAUAUAUUUGGUGAUUAUCAUUAAAAUGUUUGUACUCAAUGAUCUCUAGAGAGAUAUUUGAGAGAUAUAGAGCAGUCCAAACGGUCUAAUUUUUAAAGGUGUAAAUUCAUUGUGAUAGUAUCUUUCAAGGCUCCAAAUUUGCAACAUAUCCUCAAUAAAUUAAACUUAUUAAGCAUCCCCAUAAUGAAAAAUCACACAGAUUAAGAUCCAUAGAAUAGUUGCCAGGUAGUAGGAAAUGAAUGACUAUCACUCUGUUAUCAGUGAAAUUUUGCAGAAACUGCUAAAUGUUGUGUUCUAUGUCUGGAGGAUAUCCAUCUUGCAUGAAAGCUGGUUGAUCAAGGCAUUGUUGCUGUUGCAGUUGGAAUAUGACAAAAGUGUUGAGCAUCUCUCAGUAUCUCUGAGCAGUCACAACAUACACAGAUGUGUUUGGACUAGCUUCUUCAAGAAGAAUGGUCCAAAGAGAAAUGUGGAAUCUAUAUCAGACUAAUUUUAGCCAAAUAUAGGAAGUCUGCUGGAAAACAUUACGGUUUAUCCAGACCCAAAUGCAAUAGGUAUAGGUAUUUACUGUUCAAUUGAGAUGAAAAUCUCCCUUACUCCACAAGAUCUUCCAUUGCCUUUAUAUAUCCACUCCAUUCUGGGAAGGAAGAUCAAUGCAAAGGUAAAUGGGUGUUCCUGUUAGCAGCAAGCAACUGCUGGUUGUGACUGAUCUUAAACAGAUAACAAUGAACCAUUUUCUUAGUAUGUUACUUUCCAUACUGUGCCAUAGGACAUUGCUACUCAAAGUAUGGUCUAUGAACAAUUUCUUACUGGUAUGCAUCAAGAUUUCACUUAAAAUUGAAUAUAUUACAUUAAUAAAACUAUUUUUAAAAAUUUUGAAAAUAUAUUGUAGCCUAUUAUAACUUCCAUUUUUCAAAGUAAUUAGAAGCAGCAUUAAGAAACACAACCUUUUCCAGCAACUAUAUUCAAUGGAACAAACACUUUUGGCCUCUUUUACAGGCCUGCUUCAGGUUUUUAAACUGUUCCAAAAUCACAUGCUCUACCAAGUGUUCCUUUGAACAAUUCAUUCACAACAAAAUUAGAACCAAAUUUUAUUAUUGCAUUUUUCUUUCUAAUUCAGUAUAAAAAUUAAAGUAAAUAAGAAAAAAAAAUGUAAUUGAAAUCCAUUCUCUCUGUUUUAUAAUUAUUUUUAAUUAAUAUCACAAAAAUACUGGUCUGUAAAGGAUUGGGAUGGAAAAAAAACUGGUCUGUGACACAAAAUUGGAGAAGCACUGCUAUAGGAUAUACCCAAUUGCCAUGAUACUGCAUGUAUGCUACUGGAGCCUGUAAUAUUUAUUGCUGCUCAACAACUGUUGUGAUAACAUCUUCAAUAAGCAAUGUGAUAGGUUUGUGUCCGUGACUGGGUUGAACUCGCAAAUGUCCAGUUUCCUUGAAUUGAAUAAUCAUUUUUCUGAAAGCAUCAGACAGCUUUAUAAUAAAUGCACAUUCUGGCAAGCUGACAAUUGUAGCUAAUAAGAAUGACAUUUAACAGUUGUAUCCACUUUUAUAACCAGAACUCGGAUGCAACUUGCGUGUUUAUUCAAAGGAAACUGCUUUUUUUGUUGUUUGCAGCACAGAAUGUGCCAUAAUGGAGAAUUUUGGUACUAAUUUUUUUUAUAGAAAUGUCUUCCACACAUCCUGAAAUGUCACUAUAUCAAAUUUGAUUGAAUUUAGACUGCUGAAUAUCUUUAAAUAGUGUUAAAUAGAGGUAUUUUAAUUAUGAUCGUCCGGUAUUUCACUGUCAAACAACAAUUGAAGAGUUCUAUGGAAUAAGGUAAAUUUUAAUGUUUUCAAGUUACUCAAGCUUAUUUAGCAUUUAAACUUUACUAAAUUCAUGUUCCAGUAAGGGGAAUUGUCCAUAUCUGUAAAACCCUAUUUGAUAUGCAUAAUAAAACUCCUAACCAAAAAGGUAUCAGAGUGCACUUAGCUACCUUAUUCCCUAGAACUCCUUAAUUUUCUUAACAUUUUAAGUCCACUUUCUUUACAGAAAUCCACACUAUUUAUGGAGAAUUCGAUGGCUAGAAAUAGUUCAUUUUGGAGUAGCAGUAGUGCACAUAUUGAAUGUCAAGACUUCCAGAAUACAACUAUAUCUAAUAAAUUAUCCUUAUCUUACAAGUGGUCAGAGUUAAACUAUCCUAAAAGUGGGACGAUCAAUUCAUCUUUACAUAGUGUUACCAUAGAACAUUUAAAUACAGACUCAUUAUUUAGCAGCAGUGAGAAUUGCAAUUGCUUUAGAAGAAAGGAAUUGAACCUUAAGAUUUUACGAAAAAGAAGAAUGAAAAAUGCAAAUAUUUUUGCCAUGAAUGCAAAUCCCUUCAUAAAAAGCGGUGCAAACGAAACAAUCAAAAAUAUAAAUAAUAGAAAAAUUAAAGAAAUUUCCGAGAGACGGAACGGCCUGGAAGAAGCCACAAACGACAGCAUAUCUUCCAUCUUCGGAGGGAGACGGCGUCGUUUGGCCAAACGACUCUUUUGUACCGGUGCCUGGGCCGCUUCGACGAUCGUCGCUCUGUGGGUGUUGGCCAUUAAGUUUCUGGACGAGAAUUAUCCGUGGGAUCUGUCGAUGGACCUCUGGUUGCCGGAAUUAUGGGAAAAGGCUUGGUCGAAAGUGGUCUGGAGACGUCCGGGAAAACCACCAAUCUGAGACUGCACAAUAAAUAUAUGUAUCGAUAUAUAUAUUUAUGGGACGAUUAAAUUCGAUCAAUAAAUAUUUAUUCUCACUGCUUCUAAUGAAAUAAUUAAUAAGAGAAACUGUGACGUAGAAUCUAUGUCCAAGAUAAAAGUAUUUUCCGUGUGAUCGAUCUGUGAUAUAUUAUUCCAUCACCCGUUAAUUAUAUAUUACCUGAAGAUCAAAAGAUUAGAUUUUAACAUAUAUAUAUUUCAUGUUUUGAGAAAAAUUAAAAUUGUUUUUACCUUUA